CCUUUUCGGCUUCUCUCGCCUGUCUUUCCCUCGCCGUCUCCUCCGCUCGCUUCGCUCCUUCGGCGGCCUCCCUGGAACCAGCCGCCAUGGCCGACAUGAAGACGGGCAUCUUCGCCAAAAACGUCCAAAAGAGGCUGAACAGGGCACAGGAAAAGGUACUUCAGAAAUUAGGUAAAGCUGAUGAAACAAAGGAUGAACAAUUUGAAGAGUAUGUUCAAAAUUUCAAACGGCAAGAGGCAGAAGGUUCCAGGCUCCAAAAAGAACUCAGAGGAUAUUUAGCUGCAAUCAAAGGCAUGCAGGAUGCGUCAAAGAAGCUUACAGAGUCUCUACAUGAGGUAUAUGAGCCUGAGUGGUAUGGCCGAGAAGAUGUAAAAAUGGUUGGAGAGAAAUGUGAUGUGCUUUGGGAAGAUUUCCAUCAAAAGUUGGUAGAUGGAUCAUUAUUGACCUUGGAUACAUAUCUGGGACAGUUUCCUGAUAUAAAGAAUCGUAUUGCAAAGCGGAGCAGGAAACUGGUGGACUAUGACAGUGCAAGGCAUCACUUGGAAGCUUUGCAGAGUUCAAAAAGAAAAGACGAAGGCAGAAUUACCAAGGCCGAAGAAGAGUUUCAGAAAGCACAGAAAGUAUUUGAAGAUUUUAAUACUGAUUUGCAGGAAGAGCUGCCAUCUUUAUGGUCAAGGCGAGUUGGCUUUUAUGUGACCACAUUCAAAAAUAUUUCUAGCCUUGAAGCCAAAUUUCACAAAGAAAUCACUUUGCUAUGCCACAAACUUUAUGAGGUGAUGACAAAACUUGGAGAGCAGCACGCUGACAAGGCCUUCACCAUUCUUGGAGCCCCUAGUGACUCCGGUCCACUCCGCAUUGCAAAAACUCCAUCUCCACCUGACGAGGAAUCACCUCCACUGAGUCCAGAAGCGAGUCCGAAUCAUACACUGGCAGCACCAGCCUCUCCAGCACCAGCACGGCCUAAAUCCCCCUCACAGCUGAGGAAAGGGCCUCCUGUCCCACCGCUUCCAAAACUCACACCAACGAAAGACCUGCAGCAGGAGAAUAUUAUUAGCUUGUUUGAUGACAACUUUGUUCCAGAAAUAAAUGUGACAACUCCUUCACAGAAUGAAAUUCUCGAAACUAAAAAAGAAGAGUCUUUGUUAGAUUUGGACUUUGAUCCUUUUCGACCUGAUGCUGCACCGACUGUGGCAGCCCCUUCACCAAUGUCUCAGACGCUACCAUGGGAUUUAUGGACGACAAGCAAUGAACUGGUGCAGCCGGCACCCGGCAGUGCUUUCAAUGGAUUCACACAGGAUACUUCCUUAUUCUCAAUGCAAUCAAGUCAGAAUGUGGGGGAUAAUAUGGUUGAUACAGAAGAGGCGCCAUCUUUAGAGGUCCAAGCAGAGGACGCCCCGAGGGCAGCUGAAACGGCUGACACUACUGUUGAGCCAGAAGUGCAGCCUGAGGAGGCUGCUGGUGAGCCAGCAGCUGACACUGUGGAUGCUGUAGAAUCAGGAGAUAAGGAGACACCAGGACAUGAUGAGAAAGAAUGUGAGUUACAGAUGGAUUCUGUGAUUGAAGAUGUUGGUGAAACAGAGGUCGUUGAUAUCACUCCUGCAAAAGAAGGUGACGAAGUUGUUGGUAUUGCUGCAACUGGUGUUCAGGAUAGUGACAUACCUCCCAUUGAAGAAAAAGCAGGCGAAUCUCAGGAAAAUCUCAGCAACAUUCCUUCAGUAGUCAUAGAGCCUGCAUCCAACAAUGAAGGAGAUGGAGAAGAUCAUGAGGUUUUAGUGAAUGAAUCUAAAGAUACUGUGGAAGACCCUGGCACUCAGGGCACUGAAGGCAUAGCUAGCGAAACAUCAGAAGCUGUGAAGGAGCCAAAAAGCAACAAAGAUGUCCAGCCUGCAUCUUCUGAGGAACAGCCUGCAUCAACAGAUGAUGGCAUGCCACCUGGCUUCCUGUAUAAGGUUGAAGUUCUUCAUGAUUUUGAGGCAGCCAAUAGCGAUGAGCUGAAUUUGCAGAGGGGAGAAAGUGUAUUAGUAAUCCCAUCUGCAGCUGCUGAUCAAGAAGCCGGCUGGAUAACAGGCAUUAGGGAAUCUGACUGGCUUCAAUACAGAGAUCUAACUUCGUAUAAAGGACUGUUCCCCGAGAACUUCAUCCGACGCUUGGAGUAGUUCUCAGUUCAAGAGGUAUAAAAUGUGUUGUAGGAAGCUCGGUCCUGACAUUCUGCACCUCUUUAAUGUGCAGGAGUCCACCUUUAGAGUCAAGCCAUCAUGGUUUAGACUGAUGCCAGACAAAAACAUGGGUGACACAUAUCAAAUGAGCAUGAUUGCAAGAAAUUAAAAGCUAGCAUAUUCUGAAGCAGUAUGCGGGGGGAAAUGUCCUUUUUUGUUCACAUGUAUGUGACAACAGAUUUGUUUGUAUUUGGUCAAAGCUAUGGUGAUCCUGUAACCUGAUCCUUUCCUGUGCAAAUCUGAGUAGCCUCCGCAAUACCAGAACCUUAACUUGUCUGCACUAAAUGUCUUGUAUUGAGUUGUUGCACUGCAGAAUACUUGAUUUAAUAAUCCUGUAGAACUAAGGUCAAACUAUUCUAAUUUCAAUGUCUUAUAAAAAACUUUCUGCAAUGUUUUUCAGUGUUCUUUUCAAGCAUACAUAUCUAUAUAUAUAUACACACAUAUACAUACACAGAAACAAAUGCACAUGUACUGUGUGUAUAUAUGUGGCAAAAGGGUCAUAUGUGGGCCAACUAGCUGCAUAUGUGCUGCAGACAGCAGGCAUAGCAAGAGUUCUGGUAAAGCUGGAAAAAAAAUUGGAUGGUUCACAAGCCUGAUCACAGCACAGUCAGGCCUGUAGUUCAUUACUCAGCUUAAUACACUGGAGAGCGGAUCACAUCUAGGGAUGAGAUUUUGGCCUUGGUUUGUGGCACAUUUGCCAAAAGGUUACUCACCCCUGAUUAUCUGCAUUAGUAUACAUAUCUUACCCAUUCAUUGUAGCUCCUUGAUGUAGUAUUGUUCAUAUUGGCAUUUGCUCUUAUUGUCUGACAUUAAAGAAUUCUGUUCCAAGUGGAAAUUUGCUGCUCCAUUGCCAAACCAUUAGUAACAUCUGCGUUUGUAAUGCAAAAAUAUCAUUUCAAGACAAAGAAGUUAUCAAAAUUACACUCAAAGCUGCUACACCAGGGAAGGCAUGGCUCAGUCGCCUCUAUAUUACCAACUGCUACAGCUAGGGAUGAGAUAAUUCUGAUAAAGGGUGUUACAGUACUAAUUUUAUCUUAUUUAUGAACUUAAAUGGAGGGAUACGCAAAAUUCUAUUCUAAAGAUAAAUGAACACUAUAUUUUCACUAUAUGUACUUAUGCAGCACACCUUCAACAAUCCCUUGAAAGUGAAUACAAUAUAUCCUAUAUCAAGAAAUCAUCUGUAACUAUUGUUUUUCAGUGUUGUGUCAUUGCAAAUAAAUCUUUGAUCGGC